AUGCGCCGGCUGACAUUCCAAGGAACUCGGUGGCAUCCGCAUGCGCUCUCAACAUGCCUCCCCCGUCGCUCUCCGUCGUCUCUUACCUUUCCUCGACCGUUUUCUACCACGCCGGUAGCCUACUUGCGCGAUGGAAAGCCAAAGGUUUCUGUGCGUAACUUUGAACAGUCGAUUGCCAACAGCAAGGAAUACUUCGAGGUCGACCCUGAUACACCCGAUGUAGUAGAGCAUCGCAAAGCGAGGGAGAAACUAAAGAAGCUAGAGAACGAACUAGAUGCUCUUAAGGAGGGUCCUUUUGCUCUAAAUGGCGAGUUUAUGAGGAGUCUAUCUGAAGAAGAUAGAAAAAGGGCGUUGGAGGCUAUUGCCAAACAUGCUGCCAAACAAAAUUGGGAAGAGGAGGACAGGAGGGACCAACAGCUCAAGGAUCGCAUAACGACAGAGUUUAAUGAGGCGAUAAAUAAAGAAUUGGAGAGCCUAGAGGCGGAAGAUGAAGAGCUAUGGGAUCCUACCAGGGAGCUGCGCGGCUCGGCCAAAACAAUGGAGCCUGUCGAGCGGGAAAGGGAACCUUACGAGGUUGAAUUGAAAGUCCCCGAGAGCCAUCAUGCCUAUGUGAUGAGAUUCAAUAAGGCUUUGAAGUCAUUAAAAGGCAUGCCGAGCCUUGCAGAGAAACAAUUCGCCUGGAAAUCAUAUAGCCGGUGUAAAGAUGCUCUUCCAUUCUUCCUUGAUAUAGCCCCAGAGGAGUCGAUAAAUAUGCUCUGGGAAUCACAGCGCCCUAGCUCAAGUCCUUCCGAAAAGAUACCCCCUCGCCACCUUAUUACACUAGCUGAAGAUAUACUUAAUAGCGGACGAAUUCUUGAAGCCGAUCAAUGGGUUGAUUAUAUGGAUGCUCUCCUCAGCGAUGGACAGAAGGAAAAGGCUCUCUCGCUAUGGAGAGAAAGGGAACCGGACUUGAAUGAAUACACAACAAUUGAAAAAAAGAAAUAUUGGGGCCUGGGCGUGCGGUUGUUUGUGGCCAAUAUGAAUCCAAAAAACGCUCAAGACGCUGCACUGAUAUACAUAUCUCUUGAUCCGUCCCACAGUCCCCGGGUUUUUAUUCCAGUUAUUACUUGUUGGGCUCAGAGUGACGUCCCUGGAAACGAUGCUCGAGCGUGGACAUUAUAUUUACACGUCAAGACAAGCCUAGGAAAAGAUAUUACCAUGUCCGACUACGACGCAAUCAGCGUCGAUUUACUCAAAUCCGGCAAAGUCAACAUGGCCCUGGCUGUUUUCAAAGAUAUGAUGCUGACGGGCCAGAAUUCGUAUGCUGAGUCAGAUGCUCUUUAUAAAGCUUCUUUGGGGCUCGUCGGAAAGCUUCACUCUGAUAGUAUCAACGAGUCGGAUGUCAACAAAGUGUCUCUUGCAUGCUUAACAAUUCUUCCCCGGAAUUUCCAAAACAAGUUCUUUUACGCCAGCUGGAUCAAAAAACUUAUCGGAAUGCAAGAGCUUGACGCGGCGGCUAAAGUCGUUGAGCUCAUGUAUGAGCGAGGAGUGAAACCCGACGCUAAACAUCUAAAUGGCUUAAUAGGAGCAUGGCUUCGUGAAGGAAGCAGUUCCGGUAGACAAAAGGCGGAGGAGCUUGGAUGGGCCAUGGUCAGAAAACGCGUUGAUCGUGUCUGUGGUGGUCAGCCAGGGAACUCGUCUGCCAUCGAUCAUCUACCCGAGGGAUCUAUUCCAGAGUAUGAGCAACGGACUGUUCCCGAGGCUACCAUCGAGACAUUUUCCAUCCUCUUACUGCAUUAUACCCGACGAGAUAAGGAUACUCUCAUUAACCACCUAGUGGAGUGUCUUGACAAGGCCCAAAUUCGGCCAAACACGUUUUUCGUCAAUCAUUUGCUCUACAGGGAGUUAAGGAAGCAGAAUAUACUGGGCGUUUGGUCCGGGUACAAGAACGCAAUGUCCAAUAUCAGGCCUGAUCUUGAAACAUUUGCUUGCCUCUGGGAUUGCGGGAAAAUUCAAUAUGACAGAACACGGUCUUGUUUCAAUGCACAAUUCCCCAACGCCCGCGCGUUAUACUCUGAAAUGAACCAGUGGUAUUCAAACCUACCAUCCAAUCUUCAAAAAACCACCCAAGAGGCCUUCUCAAAGGACCUCUAUGAUCAUAUCAUUCGAUGCUUCUGCCUCUCUCUUGACCCCGAGGGCACUAUAGUUGCGCUCCGGGCCAUGAAACAUACAUUUGGAUUUUUCCCCGAUGCCGAUACUGCCAGGAUCCUGGUUUUCCUUGUUGUGCGGUUGAUUCCUACAGGUGACGAAGCAGCACUACCCAAGCGGCGCCACAGACGCAUCUCGUCCACGCCUCGUGCGAAGGAAAACCUCCAAUAUGUCGGUGGUCUGCUGAACAAGCUGCGGGAACAGAAAACAGUGCAGGCUGCUAAGGAGGGAAUAUAUCUGGACGAUAUGGAUCAAGAGUUUCAUAUGGAGUUCGAGGUAGAUCUGAUGUGCGAUCUGUUACGACUGGUUCUGCGAAACAUGCGGAAGGACUCCGCCGAAAUUGAAGAGAGAAUACAGGCAGCGGCGCAGCAUAUGGGUGUAAAUUAUCUUGACCUUGGUGAACCUCCUUCAUAUGAUGCAUGA